UCCUCCACCAGGAAGUGACACACACACACACAGACAAUAACAAUCUCUUUUAGACCAGAUUCAUAAUGUCCCUGAGAGAGGAAAACACAGCAGGAACUACAGGGAGCUCUGCAACCUACUAACAAGUUUAACCUGCUGCUGGCUGCUCGCAUGUCCUUUAAAUGUCUUUCCGACCUGACGAGGAUCUCUCCUGUCCGGUGUGCCAGGACUUCUUUAAAGACCCCGUUGUCCUGACGUGCAGCCACAGCUUCUGCAAAGCCUGUCUGCUGAGAUGGUGGAGAGGGACGCCCACACAGGAGUGUCCCGUUUGUAAGAGGAGAUCAUCGAGGAGCGAUCCGCCUCGUAACCUGGCUCUGAUGAACCUGUGCGAGAGCUUCUUACUGGAGCGAGAGCAGAGAGCGUCAGCAGGAUCCGAGUCCCUCUGCAGUCUGCACGCCGAGAAGCUCAAACUCUUCUGUCUGGACCACCAGCAGCCGGUGUGUCUCAUCUGCAGGGAUUCAAAAACACACAACAACCACAGAUUCAGACCCAUCCACGAAUUUGCACAGGAAUUCAAAAAGGAGCUGUGGAACUCUCUCAGGCCUCUGCAGGAGAAACUGAAGCAGCUUGAACAAGUUAAAGGAAACUGGGACCAAACAGCACAGCACAUCCAGGUCCAGGCCCGACACACAGAGAAGCAGAUACAGGAGCAGUUUGAGAAGCUUCGCCAGUUUCUAAAAGAGGAAGAGGAGGCCAGGAUCACUGCUCUGAGGGAGGAAGAGGAGCAGAAGAGUCGGAUGAUGAAGGAGCAGACUGAGGCUCUGAGCAGAGACAUAGCAGCUCUUUCUCACACAGUCAGAAUCACAGAGGAGGACCUGAGAGCUGAGGACUCCUCAUUCCUGCUCAAGUACAAGGCUGCAGUGGAAAGAGUCCAGCAGCGCCCCCUGCAGGAUGAUCCACAGCUGCUCUAUGGAGCUCUGAUAGACGAGGCCAAACACCUGGGCAACCUGACCUUCAACAUCUGGAACAAGAUGAAGGAGAUGGUCUCCUACACUCCUGUGAUUCUGGAUCCGAACACAGCCAACCCAGAAUUCAUCCUGUCUGAGGACCUGACCAGUGUGAGACACGGAGAGAGACGGACGCUCCCAGAAAACCCAGAGAGGAUCGACUAUCACCGCUCUGUCCGGGGCUGGGAGGGCCUCAACUCAGGGGCCCACACCUGGGAGGUGGACGUUCGAGACAACGCCGCCUGGUUCGUUGGCGUUGCCGCAGAGCUCAUCCACAAGAAGGGACGAAUAAAAUCCUGGUUCUGGCAAAUUGAGUUUUACAAUGGUAAAUACAGCGCACGCAUGUUAGGAGAUCCACCGGCUGUCCUCCGAGUGAAGAAGAAGCUCCAGCGGAUCAGCGUUCAUCUGGACUGGAGCAGAGGAAAACUGUGCUUCUUCGAUCCCGACACCAACGCUCACAUACACACCUUCACACACACCUUCACCGCCAGGCUGUUUCCAUGCAUGGGCACUUUGGACCAACUCCCACUGAGGAUUUCACAAGGAAAAGUCUGCGUGACCAGAGAAACCCUCAGUUAGAGACGAGCGCGAGGAUAAUGUGCUGAGCUGUCGUCUCAGAUUUAAAAGAACUGAAGCCACAUUUAGAAAACCACACUCAUUUGGUGAAACACAACAGCAUCUUGAAUAAACACUACAUUUCUGAAAAGAGUAAAUUGCUUUGAUCUACAUUAAUUUGUAUUUUAACUUUAUAUUUGCAAUCUCAAUAAAAAUAUCUAAAAUGUU